AUGUCGGGAGCUAUAACUUGCUCUGCUGCAGAUCUCUCUGCCCUGCUCGGCCCCAACGCCACGGCGGCGGCUGACUACAUCUGCGGCCAAUUAGGUACCGUCAACAACAAGUUUACCGAUGCAGCCUUCGCCAUAGACAACACUUACCUCCUCUUCUCUGCCUACCUCGUCUUCGCGAUGCAGCUCGGCUUUGCUAUGCUUUGUGCUGGCUCCGUUAGAGCCAAGAAUACGAUGAACAUCAUGCUCACCAAUGUCCUUGACGCUGCAGCCGGAGGACUCUUCUACUAUCUCUUUGGUUACGCCUUUGCUUUUGGAGAAUCCUCCAAUGGAUUCAUCGGAAGACACAACUUUGGUCUUAAAAGCUUCCCGACUCUUACCUCGGAUUACUCCUUCUUCCUAUACCAAUGGGCGUUUGCAAUCGCAGCCGCUGGAAUCACUAGCGGUUCGAUUGCGGAGAGGACUCAGUUUGUGGCGUACUUGAUCUACUCUUCUUUUUUGACCGGGUUUGUUUACCCGGUCGUUUCUCACUGGUUCUGGUCUGUGGAUGGAUGGGCUAGUCCCUUCCAUUCAGCAGACCGUUUGUUUGGCACCGGAGCUAUCGAUUUCGCUGGCUCUGGUGUUGUUCACAUGGUUGGUGGUAUUGCCGGGUUAUGGGGUGCCCUUAUUGAAGGUCCUCGGAUUGGUCGGUUCGAGGAAGGAGGACGUCGUGCUAUCGCUCUGCGUGGACACUCUGCCUCGCUAGUCGUCCUAGGGACCUUUCUCCUCUGGUUCGGUUGGUAUGGUUUCAACCCCGGUUCUUUCACCAAGAUCCUCAUACCGUACGAAUCUGGUUCUAGCUACGGUCAAUGGAGUGGAAUCGGACGGACAGCAGUUACAACGACUCUCUCGGGAUGCACAGCGGCUCUAACCACGCUCUUUGGAAAACGUCUCCUAUCAAGCCACUGGAAUGUAACUGACGUUUGCAAUGGGUUACUAGGUGGGUUCGCAGCCAUAACCGCAGGUUGUUCCGUGGUAGAGCCAUGGGCAGCGAUCGUCUGCGGUUUUGUGGCUUCCCUCGUCCUUAUCGGAUGCAACAAGCUCGCAGAGAUCCUAAAAUACGAUGACCCGCUCGAGGCGGCGCAACUACAUGGAGGGUGCGGAGCGUGGGGGUUGAUAUUCGUAGGACUGUUUGCAAAAGAGAAGUAUGUAAACGAGGUUUACGGUGCUAGCCCGGGAAGGCACUACGGGCUGUUGAUGGGUGGAGGAGGGAAGUUAUUGGGAGCACAACUGGUUCAAAUAGUUGUGAUUGUUGGAUGGGUUAGUGCCACAAUGGGAACACUCUUCUUCAUUCUUCAAAAGCUCAAGUUGCUUAGGAUCUCGGAGCAAGAUGAGAUGAGAGGAAUGGAUAUAGCACGUCACGGUGGUUUUGCUUAUAUCUACCAUGACAAUGACGAGGACUCCAUUCAGCUUCCAAGAAUGAGCCCUGGAUCUCCUUUACCUCGUUCUCCUAAUCCUCCAGCCGUUUAA